AUGCUGGCUGAUGGAAGAAUUGUUGCUGUGAAAAAGUCUAAAAUAGUGGACAAAGGCAAACUUUCAGAAUUCAUCAAUGAGGUUGUGAUUCUUUCACAAAUCAACCACAGAAAUGUGGUUCAACUAUUGGGUUGUUGUUUGGAGACCGAAGUUCCACUUUUGGUUUACGAAUUCAUAUCAAACGGAACCAUUUCCCAUUAUAUCCACCAGCAGAAUGAGGACUUUCCACUUACAUGUAAAAUGCGUUUACGAAUUGCCACAGAAAUUGCAGGAGCAGAAGAUCGUCUAUUUGACAUACUUGAUGCUCGAGUUUUGAUGGAGGGUUCUGAAACAGAGAUCAAGUUAAUUUCUAACCUUGCCAAAAGAUGCUUGAGUUUGAAUGGAAGGAACCGCCCUACAAUGAGGGAGAUCACAGCGGAGUUGGAGGCCCUUGAAAUUUCAGAAAAGACUGAAUAUUCUCCACAAAAGUAUGAACGGAGUGAAUUUUCGAAAAAAGAUUCAAUCGAGCAUUGGGAUGUUAUUAUAGGUCCAACAGGAACAUGGUCAGCUUCAGAUGAUGGUCCAACUUCAUCAUUACUUUAA